GAUGUUCAGAGCUUCUCUCGGGACUCUACUAACAGUACGGAAUAUAUACGUAUUCCACCACUAUAAAUUAUUUUGGGAACAAUAUUGCUUCUGAUGGUGAUUUCAGGAGUAUGUUUAAUUAAGUAAAGGAGCAAUAUUAAUCUGAUUCCAACUUUAUUGGUUACAGAAACCAUGGCGAUCUCAGUGACGGGUAAAAUUGUGAUAACAGUUGUUGUGUUGGGUGUGCUGGCUGGUAUGAGCACGCUCAUAUACUUCUUGGUGACUGAUGCUGCUGAAGAAGUGGUCCCAGUUCCGACCACCGAGCCGCCGGGAGUGGAGGACAGCGACAUGAGGUACAGAGUGGGCGUCGGGAUAGCGGACACGACGGGGCCAUGUGUGGAAAUAGCAUUCAUGGGGUACGCGGAAGUAUUCCAGACGGGUAGGGGCAUACACUUGAGGCAGUUCUCGAGGGCGUUCAUCUUUGAGAGCGGCGACACUAGGGUGGUGCUGGUCAUCGCAGACAUCCAGGCUGUGGGCAUUGCACUUAGGCGACAGGUGGUGACUAACCUCCAAGAGCUGUACGGCGACAUGUAUAGCCUUCGGAACGUGAUAGUAACGGGGACUCACACGCAUAGUGGCCCCGGCGGGCACCUGGUGGAGUUCCUGUUUGAUAUCACCAUCAGGGGCUUCUCCAGCGAGACCUUCGACGCCUACGCUGAAGGCAUAACCAGAAGUAUAGUCCGCGCGCAUGAAAACAUAGUGCCGGCGAAUCUGUACUACGCUCAAGCUAAUGUUUCCAACGUGCACAUGAACAGGUCGCCAUACUCUUACGAGUACAAUCCAGAAGAAGAGAAAGCAAGGUAUGACGGCAACACAGACGAUACUUUAACGCAAGUGCGAAUAGUGCGCGAGGAUGGCAACCUUCACGGGGUGCUCAACUGGUACGCCAUCCAUACUACCAGUAUGAACAUGACCAACCGACUCAUAUCGUCGGAUAACCUCGGCUACGCGGCCAUUACUAUGGAGAAGAUGCUUAAUCCUGGAGCGUUGCCCGGAAAAGGCGGCGUAGUGGCCGGGUUCUUCCCGAGCAACCUCGGCGACGUGUCCCCGAACACGCGCGGCGCUCGUUGCGAGUUCAGCGGCAACGAGUGCGACAACCAUUUCACGAUCUGCGACGCCGGCGAGCGUUGCUUUUCCCUGGGGCCAGGGGACGACAUGUUCGAGAGCACCAAGAUCAUCGGACAUGCCAUUUAUGAAGGAGCUUUGGAAGCACUGAACUCCCCCGGUGAGGAGCUGACUGGUGGUAUAGCGGUGGUGCACCAGUUUGUAGACAUGCCCACAACGACUGGGACCCGAUACGACCCCAUCACACAAGUAUUCCAGUCAAAUCAAGGAGUAAGCGGAUGCAUGCCAGCUAUGGGUUACAGUUUUGCAUCCGGAACGCAAGAUGGCGCCAACACACUAAACAUUACUCAGGGAACAAUAACCAAUAUUCCUAUAUUGGAUGCCAUUGCCGGGGUACCAGGCCGGCCUACCGAGCAAGAUCGGGCAUGUCACGCACCAAAACCAAUUCUGCUUAUGACGGGACGGUCGAACACCCCUCUACCGUGGCAUCCGCGAAUAGUGUCCAUGUCGUUAGUAUGGCUCGGUGACUUCGCGAUCUUAGGCGUCCCCGGCGAGCCUACCACGAUGGCGGGGCGUCGUAUGCGCGCCGUGGUAGGAAACAUCAUGGAGCAGCGUGGCUACCAGCCCAGGAUCGUCGUGUCAGGCUUGACUAACGAGUACAUACACUACGUGGCUACUUUCGAGGAGUACCAGGUGCAAAGAUACGAAGCAGCUUCAACAAUUUUCGGCCCGCACACUUUGGACAUUUUCCUAAACAAGUUCGCAGAAUUUACCCGCGUCGCUAUUGAGGGCGGCGACGUGGCUGCGGGGGAGACACCGGCCGACAACCGGUACCGCACGGUGUCGCUGAUCCUGCCGGUGGUGGCGGACAUGUCGCCGCGUGGGACGGCGUUCGGGCACGUGCUGCACCAACCGGCGACCAGUGUGGCGCGCGGCGACGUCGUACAAGCUGUCUUUGUGGGUGCAAAUCCACGGAACAAUUUGAGGCAAGAAUCUAGUCACGCAGUGGUGGAGAGGAUGGAGCUGGGUCAGUGGACGGUGGUUGCCACUGAUGCCGACUGGGAGACGAGGUUCACUUGGGAGCGACUGUCGACCCUCCUGGGCACCAGUCAAGUGACAUUCGAGUGGCAGGUGCCAGAGGACGCCAUAUUGACGGAAUACCGCAUGGUGUAUUACGGUACCUCAAGACAACCCAUCAACCGGUUGUCCAACUUCACGGGCAUUACCAACACCUUUACUAUAGACGCCCCCGCCUUAUUUUAG